GUCAAUCAAACUUGCGUUGAGAUGCGUGACGGCUCACUGCUCGUCUCUACUCUACAUUGUUGUAUUAUUCGGUUUAAAAAAUUCACUUUCACUUUUUGUGUUAUGCGACUCUCAAAGAGUUUCCUUAAUAUGUUGUGAGCAGUCUUAUUGGAUUCUGAUUAUUGUUUUGUGAGACCUUCAUGUCAUAGAAUGAAAUCUGAAAUGGCAUAUAAAAAAUGUUGUGUAGUGUUUAUAAUUUUCGCUUUAGCGAUAGUCCAAGUGGUCGGUUACGACACGGAACUGUACGAAUCGACGCCUUGCGACAGCGACAGCAAUGUGUGCUUCGAAGAGCUCCACGGGGCCCUGGGCGACUGCUCUUGUAAUGUAGACACGAUAGACUACUUUAAUAACGUCAAGAUAUUUCCCCGCAUACAGAGCUUGGUAAGCAAAGACUAUUUUCGCUUCUACAAGGUAAAUUUGAAGAAAGAAUGCCCUUUUUGGGCAGACGAUAGCCGAUGUGCCAUGAAAUACUGUCAUAUCAAAACUUGUACAAAAGAAAGUGUACCAGGAUACGAAAACGGGUAUGAAAAUGAGAUCUUAGAUGAAACACCAGCUAGCAAAUACUCUAAAGAGGCUCAAUCUAACUGCAAUUCUGAUUCUGAUCAUAACCCGGACCUGGGUUACUUGAAUAUGACUAUUAGUGCAGCCAGUCAGUUUGAAAUAGCGAAGUGGAAAGCCCAUGACGAUGCUCUUGAAAACUUCUGUGAAUGCGAUGACAAGGAUGCCGAGGCGGAGUAUGUGGACUUGUCUCUGAAUCCCGAAAGAUACACAGGAUACAAGGGCCCUUCAGCACACAGAAUUUGGAGAAGCAUAUAUCAGGAAAAUUGCUUCCGUCCCAAGGUUAAUCCUUAUGAAUCAUUCCCAUAUGUUUUGAGUACCGAUUUGAGUAAUAUGUGCUUAGAGAAAAGGGUGUUUUAUAGAGCAGUUUCUGGUAUGCAUACCAGCAUUAAUAUUCAUUUGUGCUCCAAGUACCUCCUGUCUGAAAAAGCAGUUGGUUUUGUUGCUUCCCCAGAAGGUGAAUGGGGACCGAACCUUGAAGAAUUCCAGCGUCGGUUUGACCCCUCACAGACACUAGGCGAAAGUCCUAAUUGGCUGAAAAAUCUAUAUUUUGUUUAUUUAUUAGAAAUGAGAGCUUUAGCCAAAGCGGGUCCGUACUUAGAAAGAGAGGAAUAUUAUACCGGCAAUCCCACAGAAGACGAGGAGACUAGAGAAGCUAUUAGAAAUAUGCUCGGUGUCAUCUACAGCUUCCCGGACCAUUUCAACGAGUCCUCAAUGUUCAACGGAGGCAGCCAAGCUGCUAAACUGAAAGUCGAGUUCCGUGAGCACUUCCGUAACAUAUCAAGGAUAAUGGAUUGUGUCGGGUGUGAUAAAUGUAAGCUGUGGGGGAAGUUGCAGACCCAGGGGCUCGGCACAGCCUUGAAGAUCUUAUUCUCAGGCAAAUGGGAUGGUCCGGAGGAUGACCCAGAGCAGGGCAGGUUGCCGCUGCGGCAUAAAGCUCAUGAAAGGUUGCAGAGAACAGAGAUUGUGGCAUUAUUCAAUGCCUUUGCUAGACUUUCUAACAGUAUUAGAGAACUUGAAAAUUUCAGGAACAUGCUCAGCUCCCAAAAAGAGACACCGAAGCAAAAUAUAUUUGGCGGCGCUAGAGAUUCGAGUGACAAGAGUAAGGUGAAGGAACAUUGUGCUUCCAGUGGGGCGAAGCCGCAAAUUUGGAGCUAGAGUGUCAAUUUUUUGUGUAAAUGUACAUAGAUUACGAAUUUUUUGUAAUAUUGGCGUAAGAAAAGUGAAUCACGAUCUCAUGAUGUACGGGUACCUAAUUGAUAAUAUACAGACGCGCAGGUUUAAAUACCAGUCUACAGAUAAGACAUCUUAAUAAUUUAGAGAUGUGAAGUACAAUUUAUGUUAAGUACCUUGUUCCUCAGAUAUAAUCUAACAAUUUAUGGAAGAACUUUGAUGGUGUGAAUUCUUGUUAUAUAAAGACAGGUUAUCAGUUAUCAGAAAGUAACUAGAGGAAAACAACAGUGAAUUCUAUAUCUGCGGUAAAAACCCUCACGUCAGCUAUAAAAGUAAUUGCUCUUAUCUUGCCAACAAACCAGCAGCCGUUAUCGAUUGUAAAAGCGACUAAUUGCAUUUAAUUGCAUAAGUAAUAUCGCUAGUAAAAACUCUUGGAGAAUUUUCUGAAAAUGCUGUCGAGGUCGUUAGAUUAUCCCCUAAUACCUACCAACUUUUUAGAGCUCCUUUAGUAAUUGUUUCUAAAUAGUGUAUAAUGAAUGUACUUACUAAAACAUUCUGAUAAAGUAGCGUCUUGUAUUUCAAAAUUACGUUAUUUUACUUAGUGUUUCGAUUUCGAAUCAUAACAUUUGUUUCAUACAUUAAAUAACGUUAACAAUAAUAAACAUGCUCUUUGAUUUAAGACCAAGUUCAUGAAACUUGGCUCACUUGGCAUUUUGUUCACCGUACUUUUUUUACGCCAGUAUUAUGCGGAUCAUCACAAAACUAGUUUAUUUAUAUCCAGUGACGUAUUGAGCUUAUUUAUAAUGCAAGGUAAAGCCGAAUAUAGUGUUUAUGAGCCCCACCCACUUGAGUGUCAUAAUAAAUAUCUACAAAUACAUCCAAGUUCCAUAUCUUGAAUCAAUAUUUGCAACAUUAGUUUCCUAGACGAACAACACAUACAUUAACAACAACGACACACACACACGACGACGAUUAACGUAAUACAUAGUUUAGAUUGCAUAACUUUUUUUAAUUUGGCGGUGAUUUUUCAUUUGCUCGGUGCAGCUGCAGACGUACUUAUAACAAUCUUUAAAAAAAUACUACUACAUACUACGUAGAUGGGUACGUAACGUACUACGUACAGCGCUUGUUACUUACACAAACAAGUACAGCACAAUACUAAUUGCUGUUAUUGUUGUGCUACGGACUACGACAUUAUGAGAAUAAUAUUUCUCUAUAGCCAUAGUUACACCUGAGACCAUAAUACUUAAUGUGGAUGCUUAGAUCUCAAGGAGUUUUAUUUAUUUCCCGAAUUUUAAGGGAUUACUAUAAUUUCAGCAUUAUCUUGUAAUUCUAGUGGAGAUUUGUUCAGCUGAGUUAUUUAUUGUUAAUGAACCUAAUCUUAAACAAUAUAUUCGGCUUUACCUCAUCUUUAUCUUUGUACUAAGUAGUAGUAAGAGUCACCAAUUAAAAUUAAAUAAUACGAGGAAUCUACAUUUGGUUACUUGCAAUUGUUCGUGUACUCGUAUUUCCUUUAAAAACCGAAUUUUAAUAUAUUUCAAUUCUGGACCAAAAUUAUUUUACCACAUUAUUUAGAUCAUAAGAUUUAUAAUAAUUAAGAAGCUUAUUGUUACAUGAAGUUCUGUUUUAAAUUAACUUCUAGUUAAUGUUAUGAUGCUAUUCUAUGCUAUGGUUUUGUCAAAUCAGUUGUCUUAACAAAAAUUCCAACAAAAAAAUUAAAAUUAUCAGGAUCCAUGUUUCUUAUGUUACAUGUCUACCUACUUUCCGAAAUGAUAUUGUCUAGUCACAAUAUAACAUAGCUUGCGUCGUGAAUCAAAAUAGUCUUUUAUCAAAAACAUGUUUUGAGCAGUAAAGUUUUCAAUGUUUAAACAGAUACCUACAAUACAAUGUAUUAAAUAUUAUUCACAUACUUCCGUAAGCCUGUUUUUAUUUUGGUGGCUGCAAUUUCAAUAGAACAGUACACACAUACAUUAUGAACAGUAGACGUUAUUAAAACCUCAACUCUCUAUAUGUACCUAUAUUUCUGAAGUAUUUUGUAUAUUUUAUUUUAAUUUUAUGUAGUUUUACAAUGUACAUAUUUUUAUUAUCAAUUGACUUGUUGUUUUCAACCUUGAUCUUCACCUCUACCUGUUAUUUUGGCUUUAGUUCAAACUCAUUUCAUAAUCACUCUUAAAUGUACAGACUCAAAUAGUCAUUUGGCAUUCGCUCAGAGUUGCUUCUAGAGAGGACAAAUAUACUCGGUGGAGUUAUUCGCCAAACUUAAUUAGGUUUCAUACACAAAUGUUGUUUAAAGCUAUCUUUAACACUAAUGAUUCAUUUCGUUGCUUGCAAACAAAACAUUUAAUUUUACUUUUGUUUUUAAUAAGUUUCAUGGACCAAAUCUCCAAUAUCUUAACAAUGUAUUUUUUUGUUUACAACAAUGUAUUAUGAGUUUGAAAGAUUAUUUACAUUCAAGCUUUAUGUGAUAUAUUGUCUGAACUGUGUAUACUUAUUCUACUUGAAUUAUCCUUUAAACAGUGUAGAAGUAAAUCUGUUAUUUUCCUUACCAACUUUAGUACCUACUUCUCUUAAUCUGCUGUUGUGAUAAUUGUCUUAUAUUCCAGACUGUAUUCGUCACAAAAUCUUAUUCGGUUACAACAUAAGUAUUAAUUAGUAUAAAUAGUCACUGUAUAAGUACAUCGCACCUUAAUAGUUAUACAAUAUCACUACUUAAUUAAGUUCGGCUACAUAUAGUUGUAGCAAACCUUAAAUAGUUUUUGACUUGAGCUGUACCUAACUUAUUUCGUUAUUAAGUUUGCUAAUUUAUUAAUCAUAUUUAAAAUUCGACGUCGUUCUAUAUUAUCUCUGUUUUAAUGGUUCCUAAAGAUGUUACAAAUACUAUAAAUUCAUUUUACUUCACUAAAUCUAUUUUGUGGUUUUAAAAAACAGCUCAUGAUUGCUAGCGUAACCUUUGCAAAACAAUUAUUGCAGAGGAUUUGUUGUCUGUGAUUUUAAGGUCUAAUACUUUCAUGACAAAAUUAUUUAUUUUAUAUUUUAAUUAAAUGUUUUUUCAAAUAC